UUUUACUUGUCACAUUUGACGUUAAAGUUUAUUGACUACUAGAUUCCGUACUUAUGAUCUGAUCCUUUGUGUUCGAGGUUCGAGAUAGGAUGGGUUGACUGAGAGUCCAGCGCCGCUCACACAGGCGCAACACCUCAAAGAGUCUCCAUCAGUGUCCAGUGAUGAUGCUGUUGAUAACAGACAACGUUACCGUUUGGUUAAAAGUUCAACCGAAUUCCAAUUCGCACCAAAAAUGCCUUCCGUUUCGGCCUUGAACUUUUGCAGCCUCCUAUCCCGAGUUCCCGAUAGCAUCCCGGUCGGCCGGCUUCCACGCCGAACCCCUCCUGCUAUCUACUCCUCCACCACAUUGGAUCGACGCGAUAGGCGAUAAGGUAACUGCUACGCGCCACAGCGUAAAUGAAGCGGUUGAGUAUCUUUUUGUGUGUUUCUCGUUUCUGGACCAUUCGCCAUACAAGUAGGCGACCAUCUCAAAUCUCAAUAAGUCGGUAGCAAUGGCCCCUCUAUGGCGCGCGAUAACGUCCUACUUGCUCACCUCUCAGGCCACAUUGGGCUCACCUACUCCAGGCGGUCUAUAUGAGAAGCAACCUGGUGGCCGCAGUGAGCGGGACGUGACCCUUUCGGGACGCUCAAAUCAUGGCGCUGUGGCUUCGGAGUCGGAUCUUUGCUCUAAGAUUGGAAUCGAUAUCCUCAACCGUCACGGCAAUGCGGCGGACGCGUUGGUUGGGACGGUUUUCUGCGUCGGAGUAGUCGGGAUGCACCAUUCAGGUAUCGGAGGGGGCGGUUUUAUGCUGGUUCGAGAACCAUCUGGCAGACAUACGGCGAUCGACUUCCGGGAAACAGCUCCUGCCGCCGCGUUCGAGGAGAUGUAUAGUAAGAACAUCAACCUCUCGAUGACGGGCGGUCUCGCUUCAGGCGUUCCCGGGGAUGUGGCAGGGCUUUGGGAGCUGCAUUCACGACACGGGAAACUUCCGUGGAAGCAGGUCGUUCGCCCAGCCGCAAAGGUGGCUACAGAAGGGUGGCUCGUGAAUGAGGAUCUUGUCUCAUACAUGAACUCUGCGGCAGGAACCAACAGAACCGGCGGGUUCUUUGUCACGGAUCCUCAAUGGGCUGUCGACUUUGCGCCCAAUGGAACCAGGCUCGGGUUGGGAGAUACGAUCACCCGCAAAAGAUAUGGGAAGACUUUGCAUAAGAUUGCAAAGUAUGGACCGAAGGCAUUCUAUGAGGGAGAAGACGCAGAAGCAAUGAUCAGGGCUCUACAGGCGCAAAACGGAACCAUGACUAUGGACGAUUUGAAAAGCUAUACAGUUGCCGUAAGGAAACCCUUGGAGAUCAUCUAUCGAGGAUAUACGAUGAGAAGUUGCCCUGCGCCUGCAAGUGGGGCGGUUGCUUUAUCAGUUCUGAAAAUCAUCGAGGGCUUUGAGGACGUUGGAAAGCCCGAAGCGGCGAAUAUCAGUACCCAUCGAUUAGAUGAGGCUAUGAGAUGGGCAUAUGCCCAGCGUUCGGAACUCGGUGAUCCGGCGUAUCAGUCCAACAUCAGCGCAUUCGAACACAGAAUGAUCGAUGAACAAACGGCAGUUGAGAUGCGGGCGAAGAUCCUCGAUUAUUCCCAAAAUGUCUCGUACUACAACCCUCAAGGUCUUGAGGUCCUUGAGACCCACGGGACAUCGCAUAUAGUUGUGGCUGACAGGGACGGGAUGGCCAUCACCCUAACCACGACCGUCAAUCUUCUGUUCGGUAGCCAGUUGGUGGUUCCGGAGACAGGAGUUGUCAUGAACAACGAAAUGAAUGACUUCUCCGUCCCCGGAAAGUCGAACCAGUUUGGAUAUGUUCCUUCGCCCGCCAAUUUUGUCCGCCCUGGGAAACGGCCGCUGUCGAGUAUCAGUCCAACUAUUGUGGAGAAUCCCGACGGGUCACUGUACUUCGUGACGGGAGCUGCUGGAGGAUCUCGUAUUAUCACCGGAACCAUUCUGUCCAUUUGGAACGUCCUAGACAAAGGCAUGACGGUGUUUGAAGCCCUCAAAGAGCCUCGUUUCCAUGACCAACUCCAGCCCAACGUGGUACAAUUCGAGUACGAUUUUAACAAUGAAACAACAGAGUUCAUGUCGUCUAGGGACCACAAUGUCACUUUUAUGGCGCCGGGCUCCUCCGCUGUUCAGGCCCUUCGUAUCUUGCCCAAUGGGACUUACGAAGCCGCCGGCGAAACGCGGCAGAAGAACUCAGGGGGUUUCGCUUUCUAAGCCACCCACGUGUAUCGCCGCCAGUCGGCCAGGUCUAUAUAUACGAUCUAGUAUAAUCUAUAAUAUAAUAGAUCUCAUAAAAUC